GGCGACACUUCCUGCAGCCGACGCCACCAAGGCCGAGAGCGAGAGCGAGUCUGCCCCCUUGCUGCUGCAUCGAUCGCGCCGCAGCCGCUCGCGCGUGGACUGGAAGGAGUUGCGCGUCAUCGCCACCGAAGUGCAGCGCGCGCUGGACGCGUCCGACAAGAUCGAGCCCCAUGAGGAAUACGAGAGCGUGUUCGCCAUGUGGCAGGCGGAGCUGGGCGACGCGCCCAACCGAGUCGACGAGCAGGAGGAGGCGGAGCUCGCAGCGGCGGCCGAGACCAGCGCGGACGCCCCGCAGACGCAGGAGCUGACGUGGUACGCCAGCGCCCACGAGUACUGGGACGACGAGGCCAACUGCCCCCUGACGGACAACGGGGUGCUGGGAGGCUUCGCCCACGUGUCGGGCGUCGACAUCCGCGAGUCCAAGCGCUUCCUCAAGCACGUGCGCGACACGGCGCGGCCCGAGUGGAUCUGUCACGCGGCGGCGGACUGCGGCGCCGGCAUCGGCCGAGUGAGCAAGCUGCUGCUGCUGCCCAUGUUCGAGCACGUGGACCUGGUGGAGCAGAGUCCGCGGCUGCUGCGCGGGGUGCCGCAGUAUCUCGGCGCCGACGAGACGCUGCGCGCGCGCGUGAGGGACCUCUACUGCAUGGGGCUGCAGGACUUCGAGCCGGCGCCUGCGAGCUACGACCUCAUCUGGAUGCAGUGGGUGCUGGUGCAUCUCACGGACGUGGACCUGGUGCGCUACUUGAAGCGCUGCAAGCAGGCCCUGACGCACAACGGAUUCAUGGUGAUCAAGGAGAAUGUAUUCCAGACGGCAGAGCCCUACGACCUCGACCGACAAGAUAGCAGCAUCACGCGCUCAGCCGUGUACUACAAGAGCAUCUUCCAGCAGGCUGGGCUCACCUUGCUCGCGGAGCGUAGACAACGCCACUUCCCCGAGGAGCUGUACCCUGUGAAAAUGUACGCGCUCGCAUAG